GAAGACACCGGGUGAUGGAGACAAUGAUGGUUUCUUGGGUCGCAAAACGUUUUGGAGAUCUGUAAGUGGUGAACCAGGAGAUGGGGUGGUUGCUGAGGAACCAUCUGCCUCAUCCAAGGGUGGGGAACAUGUGACAAUUGAGUUUUCCUUGGAGAGACUUCGAGAAUUCAAAGCUCAGUGUUUGAAUACGAGUUCUUUUCACAAGAAGACUGUACACAAGAGACCACCAGUGAAAUACAGAAAGCUGGACAAAUAUUUCUUGAAGCUCUACAUUGAAGCAGCCGGCAUGCUGCCUGACAGGUUCCAGCGGGGAGCUUUCAAACACGAGUCAGGGCAGAAGGACAAAAGCAAGCUGGAGGUUACCUUUACUUGUGGCAAACACCACGAGGAAGAUGGAGACAGUGAACUAGACGCGGAUCAAGAGGACAGUGGAACUCUUUGGGACGCCCCUGCUGAAGGAGAUACAAGGCAAAGUGGGCGAAUCUUCUUAGAUUUGCAAACCCAAGUGGUUUUCCAACAUGUGAUGACUGCAGUGCCUUCAAAGCAGCAUAUGAAGAAAGUGAACUACCUUUGUUCCAAGAUCAACUUGCAAGCUUGGCUGGGGACGGCAGAAGUCUUUGUACAAGAGCUGAGAACAGCUAGACCAUGGAAGGACCCUGUUCUAUGUCUGCCUGACCAAUUUCUCCACUACUUGGCGGUGGACCAGGUGCCUGGGACUUCACUCGGCUCCAACUUGGUCGUUUAUCCAAAGUUUUGGCUUCAAGAGCUACCGGAUUCCCAGGUACGAGCGAUCCUGAACCGCGACAGCCACGACCAUUUGCAGCCUCCAUCAGUUCGAGAUGCCAUUCGAAGCGCCCUGAAGCAUGACACCUCCACAAGGAGAACCAUGAAGAAGAACAUCAAGGCGAAGAUGGGAAAGAAAAAUGUGGCUCCACGAAGGAAGUACUACCCCAAGACCAAUGUCCCAGCCGCGACAAGUGAUCAUCCAAAAGGACCUGCGAACAUUGCACAGACCUUCCAAUGGGCCGAUAAAUUCUUGAAUCGAAUUUUUGGCACGUUUGGGCGUGACCAGGCCUUGAUGAGCUUGCAAGCUGCAGUGGAUGCCAAAGACGACAAAGGUGCACCCUGCCAGCCAUAUUCGAAGAUGGGCCUGCAGAUGGGAGAGAAGGACGAGAAGUACCAGGUGCAUGAAGCCUACUACGACCAAGCCCGCUCAAACGCAGAGAUUGCUCUGUUAGAGAAUGUCACUGAAUAUGACAUCAAAAAGCAAGUUGAAAAGUGUUUGGGGCCAGAAUGGGAUUGCUAUGCAAAGUGCGUAGACCCUCGUUUGUGGGGACUUGGAUGUGCCAGACCGAGGGCAUAUGGGAUUGCCUGGAAACGAGAUUCAAAAUCAAUCGAUGUGAACUUCCCCUUUGAUGCUGUGUUGGACAGCCUAUUGGCCAAUCCAGUCAUGACUGCAACCGACUACUUUUGGAUGAAGUUGCCACCAUCCAAGCUGUCUGAUGCAGAGGACAGAAACCUCAACGACUACUUGGACACCACCAUGUACAAGAGCAACUGGGAGGUGUGUGACUUGAACCAGCUGGUGCGCAACGGGAGGGGGAGUGCAUUCCAGAUCCCUCCACCCCCUCGAAAUGCUGGCGACACAGUGCCUCCCAGUGACGAAGCGGCAGAGCAAGCUCUCCAGGAGGAGUCUGUGGUGAGGCCCUUCAGCAUUCCAAUUCUGAGUUUCUUGCCGAAGCUGCCUUCUGAUGGGCUACCGAUGCUGGGUGAUUGGAUGGGCACAGCAUCAUCCAUUUGGGCUUUGAAAUAUGAGGGAUGGCGAGAGCCCUUUGAGAUCAAGGGUGUGGAAGGUGUGGCAACAGGUGGGGAACCUCUCUCCUAUGCUUCCUUAGAGGUAGUCAAAGGAUGUGGAAGAUUGUCAGUUCUGAUGUUUUCGCUCUUCUACACGUACCUCCACCUGAAGAACAUGCUCACAGAUGAGGAGUUGGAAUCCCUGAAGCAGUGGAUGAUCCCUAUGUUCACCGUCCAGUGCGUUUACCUCAAGCAGGACAACCCGCAGGAUUAUGUUUGGAGGCGAAUCCAAAACAGUGACACCCAGUCUGAACGUCAGAAGAAGUCAAUUCUGCAAAUGUGCAUCACCUUUCACUCCCGUGCCCAAGAGCUUGAGAAGGAACCGUUGGAGGCUGGCACCAUGGUGGGAUACCGAAAGGCUUGGGACAGGGCGAUUGCGGAAUUCAACAACUUCGGCCUUGCCAGGUCCCACUCGAAGGUGAGGAUUGACGAGACCACGUCAAGCCUCAUGUUUGGCUUCAAGGCAGAGUUGGAAGACAAAAAGGGGGACUUCCAUGAGGAGAUGAAGCCGCUCCUCGAAACCCAAGAUCCUACUUUCAAGCCGGAACAUUUGUCAAUGUGGAGUGAAAGCCUUCCCUCUGAGCAAACCCAAGCCACACAUGGCCACCAACUGGUUUCUUGUGAUGAAAAGAUCGAUGAACUUACGGUGAACCAGUGCCGUUUGCAGUUUGAAGCUGACAGCCUCUCAUUGGCACGUGAGGACAAUGGUGCUUUGAUCGUGUGGAUUGACUACAUGAAAUUGGGAAGACUGACAAACCAGGACUUGAAUUCGACGGUGGAUCUUUGCAAGAAAGCUUUGGCCUCGAUGCCCGAAAGGCGUGUGGAAGAUAAAAUGGACGCCAAAUCCUUGACCAGUGAGAUGGUUCACCUGCGUUAUCAAGUGGCGCCAAGCACCAAGAAGGUCAAACUCUCUUACCCUGGAUGGUUGGUUUUCUCAAGUGGAUGUGAAGAUAGCAACAUUUGGUCAACUUGCCAGCUCAUGGGUGACAGGAGCACUCGGGAACUUCUCGGUUGGGUGCCAGAGUCCCAGUACACAGUUCCGGCUGAAGCUGGUGCCCUUCCACAUGCAUCAGAGGGGCUAAGGUCGCUUAGUGAUGUGCAGGAGACUGCCCAACUGUUGGCUGGGGAAAGCAUGCCAAACGAACUGAUUGCAUCAAUGCUGAUUGGUGCCGAUGUGGGACAGGUUGUGGGGUUAGUCAAUCUAACUCCAUAUGAAGGAACCCUGGAGACCAGCAUCUUGAAACGAGCCACCUCCGAUCCCGGCCAUCAGUGGCGAUCUUUGUCCCUGAGCACAGACCUGACGGUGUCCCAAUUUGCUGAAAAAUCUUCAGCACUGCUACUGAUGGAGGUUGACAUGUCCAAGAAGGGUCUCCAAAAGUACCGUAUCACGUUGUCCAAUGAGAUCAGAUCUUCACACCUUUCUGACCCAAUCAAUGGUGGGAACUGGCGGAAUCUUAUUUUGGACUUCGACCGGAAGUUUCCAAGUUUGAAUUCAGUGUUGGAGUUUUGUGACAAUGUUCGCCCUGCAGCCGAUCCAGAACAAUUGGCCCUGGUUGCACCUCCGGAAGAGCCAUGCCCAGACCCAUGGGCCUCAGAGCCAACAACCCUGGAAGAGGUACUUGAAUCUUACCAUGUUGAGAACAAGCUUCCUGGGAGGGAACCGGGAACAGCCUUGCUGAUCACCAAUGCAGUCAACCGAAAAGGUGAAUCAUCGGAAAUGGUUGCCAAUCAGAAGUACAAACUCUUCCUUGUAGCCCACCAGGAUGUCACGUUGACCACUGACUGCUUCCAGAUCGGCCAUGGCAAGUCCACCUUCCUCAAGGGGGAGAGGGUUCAGAAGAUGCAAAGGGAAGAUUUGGACACAAUGUUGGAGCGAAGCCCUGUUCCCGGCAGGAGCCCAACUUCGAGCCAGUGUGCACCCAAGACUCAAGCGCCAACAACCAGCUUGCCACUUCGGGCCUCAGGAGAUGCAGGAUCCAACUCGAAGAAGCUUACACAGGAGAAACGUGAAGAACUACAAGGUCAGGUCAGUGCAGCUAUGGCUAGCUUGGGUCAGGAAAAGAAAAAUGCUCGCAAAGAAGGAGAAAAAACUACCAGUGCUGCUGCCAGCGCGGCCAAAGCGAUCAAAGCUAGUUUGGUCAGUCCUGACCCUGAGAAACCUAAGGGAAAGGCGAAGUCGCGCCCAAAGGCAAAGGCAAAGGCAAAGUCCAAGGGCAAGAGGGCAGAAAAGACCGAAGAGGUAGAAAUGGAUGAAGGGCUUGAGGAGGCAGGGUCAGGUGAUGAAGAGGCUCAGGGUUCUCAGGAUGAGGAAGAACCUACAGUAGGUCCGUCAAAGCCAAAGAAGAGGAAGGCAAAGGCUCAGGCCAAGAAGGCACUCAAGAAGGCUGAAGAGGAAAGUGAGAAGCCUUUGGAUUCAGAGGAGGAGUUGUCUGGUUCUGGUUCUGACCAGGAGUCUGAGGAUCGUGUGGGGAGUGAUUCCGAAGCCACUACCUUGCGGCUUGGUCAGGCCCCGAGGGCCAAGGUGAAGGCUGCCCCGAAGAAAAAGAACGCCCGAAAGGCACGUGCUGCUAAGGAACCCAAUGAGACUGCCCAGAAGGAUUCCCUUCGAACCACCCAGUGGGAAGUGAUCCAUGAGGCCCAGAAAAGAAUCAAGAAGACCAACCCAGAAAUGACUCCAAAGGCAGUGCUUAAGCAAGCUCGCGAGGUGGAUGAAGCACCCAGCUCGCGUGAACGCGAUGAAGAACUUGCCCAAGCAUGUGAUCCCUUCCAAUUCGUCAUCCCGUGCCGAUGGACGACUGAUCAGUGCAAAGUCGUCUUGGAAAUGCAAAGUGAUACCUCUAAGCAAUGCACAGAUGCAGCCCCUUGCACAAUCAGGGAUUUGAUUCAUGAAAUGGAAGAAGAGGGUGUCAUUGAUACCCAUUUGCACCACCACACUAUGGAGCGACCAGCCGACGUGGAAGCUCCAGGACAGGAUUUCUUCAUCAUCAAGCCCGACAAAGACCCUGCGAUGUUCUCCUAUGCACCCGGGAUUGGAAACCUCAAGUUCGGCUGCAUCGCCAGUGCCUUUACCAAGGAGGCCCUGGAAGCUAGCCCCACACUGGCGCGAGUUUGGAGGGUGAGCUACAUCAAAGCGCAGAAAGAACUGACUCCACGCAACUUGCUCGCACAGCCGGUGUUGGAUUCAUGGCGACACAGCAAGCCUCUUUAUUUCCUGAGAUCUGAGCAUUCGCUGAAAGCGAAUGACGUGUUGAGACUGGUGUGA